GUCCUAUUGUCUGCUGGUGGGUGAUUGUCUGAGUGUCAGGUUAUUUUAAUAAAUGUAUUUUCAUAUUGUUUUUAAAAUCAAUAAAAUAAAAUAAUAAGAAUCUAUCGAAUAGCACAUAUAGCCGACUUCUUCGUGCGGUACAUUCAAACACAAUAACAGCAAUUGUCGGCCAAUUUGUCGAUAACAUACCCAUUGCGCACUGAGCUGCUAUGUUAAAAAUGUCGUCACAGCUUGAUACAAUAAUAAGUGCAUACAAAACCCUAGCAAAGAUUCCGUCAAUUGCUGGUGGAAAGCUCAACAAUGCAGCCAACAGGGUCAACGCUAAGUGGUCUGUCAGAAACCUGGACAGAGGGAAGACCACCAAAUAUGUGUCAACGUACCUCUUAGAUGAUGCCCUCAAUGUAACUGAUCAGAGUGAAUUUGGAAGUGAUAUAAGUAAUGAGCUACUCUCGGCGAUUUCGCCCCGGGAGACGUUUAAGGCUAUUAUUCGUGAGGAGAAGACUGGCAAGGACACCAAGAAGCAAUUUCUAGAGGUGUGGAAUAAGAACACCCUGGCGCACUGCGUCGACCUCACCGCUUUGGACAUGCACGGAGAUGUGUAUGCUGACUCUGAAUUCGGUAGUUUGGAUUGGAACCAAGACGAGACGGCAGUAGUAUACGUCGCUGAGAAGAAGCCGUCCAAGUCUGAACCUUAUAUCAAGAGGAAACCUGAAGACAAGCCCAAAGCUGACGGCAGCGGCGAAACUGCUGUUAAGAAGGGUGAAGAAUUUCUGUACAGACAAGACUGGGGCGAGCAGCUGGUGGGCAAGCACCUGUCCGUCAUAGUGGUGUGCAAGCUCGCCACCGAGACCCUCACCAUACUGGACGGUCUGCCGGAGUCCUGGACUCCUGGACAGGUUCGAUUCUUACCGGACGGCAGCGGCGUGGUGGGCGUGGCGUGGGAGACGGAGCCUCGUCGCCUGGGGCUUAUCUUCUGCACCAACCGCCCUAGUUACAUUUUCAGCCUUACCUUGGACGGGACUAUGAAGAAGUUAAGCGGCGAAGGUCUAGCAGUUCGAUCCCCAAGGUGGAGUCCAGCAGGUGACCUGGUGUGGCUGCAGCGCAAGGCGGGCGGCCCGCACCACGCCUGCCACCAGCUCGUCGUACUGAAGAAGGAUAGUACCGAAGUGAAGAUAAUCACAGAUAUAGUGGACACGGAAGUGAAGACAACCGGCGGCGAGAGUUUCUACGGCCUGUACAACCAGGCGCUGCCCGCCAAGUGCUUCAGUAGUGACGGCAGGAGGCUCGUGCUGGCCACGCCGCAGCAGAACGAAGUCAGGGCAUAUGUUGUAGACAUCGAUAGCGGCAAAAUAACGGACAUAUCGAACAAGAGCAGGCCGUGCUCGACCAGCGUGCUGGACGUCCGCUGUGACACCCUACUGGCCACGUGCUCCAGUCUCACUACGCCGGGACAGUUAUACGUCGCUCGUUUACCCGCUGAAGGCAGCGAGGCCGAUAUAAAAUGGUUGCUAGUGAGCUCCAACAUGUCCGCGCCCGCCGCCGUGGAGACCUCUACCAGCGAGUAUAUGGAACUAGAACACAAAGACUCACAGGAUAGCAUCAAAUCGUUUACUGCGAUAUACUUCGCACCGAAAGCUGAGGGCAAGCCAUUACCGCUGAUUGUGUGGCCGCACGGAGGACCGCAUGGGAACUUCGUUAACGCUUUCUCUAUGGAAGCCGCCUUGUUCAGCAUGCUGGGAUUCGCGUGUUUACAAGUCAACUUCCGCGGAUCGACGGGCGCGGGCGAAGCUAACGUAAACUUUUUAACCAAACGCGUCGGUGAUGCCGAUGUCAAAGACUGUAAAUUAGCCACAGACGAGACAGUCAACAAGUACCCCAUAGAUGCAAAGAGAUUGUGCCUAAUGGGUGGCUCUCACGGCGGGUUCCUUGUCACACACCUGAGCGGGCAGUACCCGGAUGUGUACGCCGCUGUUGUGACCAGAAAUCCGGUUACGGAUGUCGCGAGCAUGUUUAAUUCCACGGAUAUCGCUGAUUGGUGCGCUGUAGAAGCCGGCUACGACUUCACAGAGAAGGGACCGGUGUGUGACGAGCACUUGCUGGCCAUGCGGCGCUGCUCGCCCAUCGCGCACGUGCACAAGGUCAAGGCGCCCACCGCGCUCAUGCUGGGCAGCGGCGACAAGCGGGUUCCGUACUUCCAGGGGUUGGAGUAUGCUAGGAGACUCAAGGCUAAUGGAGUUACUACGAGAAUAUACAUGUACGAGGACAAUCAUUCGCUGUCUUCUCCGGCAUCAGAAAUGGACAACCUUAUCAAUGGCGCACACUGGUUCAUGGAGCAUUUGCAAUUAUAGUUCAUUUGUUAUGCGCGGGCGCCGAAUAUCAAUCAGAACUAAGUAGGUUAUGAAAAUGAGUGCUAAUCAAUUGUAUCACGCAUUUAUGUAAUAUAUAAAGUAAUAUAAUUCAAUUUUGGAAGAAUUUUGUAUCCUAUGUAAUAAAUACGUAUUUUUAACUAUGA